AUGCAAGAUGUGCUUGUCAAUAAUGUGGAACUUCUUAAGAAAAAUAAGCAGUCUCGGAAAGUUAACACAGAGCCAAAAAAAUCAAGAUUAAUUGAUUCAAUUACUCCAACAAGUAGAUAUCCAACAAGAAAACCAAAGACAAGAAAAAGUAAUCAAAUUAAAACAGACUCAACAAAAUCAAGAUUAGUUGACUUGACUCCAAUUCCUACAACCAAUGAAGAAAGAAGAAAAGGUUUAAGCGGUAAUAAGAGACUGGCGCGAGAAGGAGAACUGCAUUAA